AUAGUCCAGUCAUCUUGAGCACGAGGAAAUAGUCCAGUCACCUUGAGCACGAGAAAAUAGUCCAGUCAUCUUGAGCACGAGGAAAUAGUCCAGUCACCUUGAGCACUAGGAAAUAGUCCAGUCACCUUGAGCACGAAGAAAUAGUCCAGUCACCUUGAGCACGAGGAAAUAGUCCAGUAACCUUGAGCACGAGGAAAUAGUCCAGUCAUCUUGAGCACAAGGAUAAAUUUCCCCGAACACAGAUAAAGAAGCCUAAAGAGUGAGAUUUCUCGACCAGCCUGGGGCAAGUGUAAACACAUGGGUGUGUUUAUAGUAUUAUCCUGUUAUACACAAAGAUAACAUAGACCAGUGCUCCAGAAAUGUGUAACAUAUUACAGAGAUAACACGGCAGGAGGGCGAGCUUUUCAAGCAUUGAAGAGUAUUUCUACACUUCCAAACAAAAAAAUUGGAGACACGCAUCAAUGUCAUAAGAGAAUAGUGUGGAAAUCAAUUGAUCCGAGUCAACCAUGAGAUUGGGGAAACAUUCCUUGGCAGUUGUAGUUGUUGCUGUAAGCUUCUGUCUCACCCAGAUUGAGGCUAAUAGAAAACCAGAAUGGAAGGAAGGAGCAGGGGCAUUAACCAAAGAUUAUAUGAAGAGUCAGAUAGAAGGGACAGAACUCAAACUGUCUUGUCCGGCUAAAGGGCGGCCAAAACCAGACUUGAUCUGGUACAAAGAUGAUGAAGCCUUCUUCCCAAGAACAGAUAAAAUCAGGAUGAAGGGUUCAAACCUGAAGUUUAUGGACUUGAAAGUCAAAGAUCAGGGGAACUAUACCUGUGUUGCUCAAAAUGUAGCUGGGUCAAUAGAGUUCACCUAUGUGGUCGAGGUGAUAGAGAAGAUUUGGCCUUUAGAAGCUAAUGUGUCCUCAAAUAUGACAGUGAAUGAAGGCGAGGAUGCCACAUUCUACUGUAUCGUAACCAACGAUAAAACAGCGAGAAUUCAGUGGCUUAGAAUAGAACAGGAUGAAAUAGCAGGUGUUAGACCACAACAUACAUUCCUACAGGGCAUUGAUGAGAGUCCAGAGAUUCUGAUUUUACAUGAUGUCCGCCAAGCUGACGCCGGACAGUACACGUGUCUCAUAGGGAACGAGUACGGCUCGAAAUACCAGCACAUGUACUUAACAGUGUUAGAACUUACUACCACAACCACCUCAACUACAACAACAACGACAACGCCUACUACUACCUCUACAACAACAACAAGUACAACAACAACAAGUACCACAACAACAACUACGCCAACAACAACUACCACUCCUACAACAACAACAACAACAACAGAAAGAACCACAACAGAAGAAAUAACAGAAAAGCCCAACAGGAAGAAAGACAAGAAAAAGAAGAAGGACAAAAAGAAGAAGAAAGAUAAAAAGAAGGACAAAAAGAAGAAGAAGAAAAAGGAUAGGCAGAAGGAGAAAGAUAAAGUGUUAUAUGAAGAUCCAUAUUACAACAAUGAGAUAGAUAAUGCAGAUCCAGGUUAUGAGCCUUUCCCAUAUGAUAAAGAUACUUUCGACUUUGGUACCGAAUAUAACAGCAAUGACAAGAACAAGAAUUACAAUGAUUACACAGAAUGGUACCAACCCAUUGACAACCGUAAUAAAGAGGUAGACCCAAAUAUUUAUGGUUACACAACAAACACAGACCAAGAUAAUGAUGAUGUAUAUGAUAACUCGUACAGUUCCGUUAGUAAAAACGAGACUGAUAAUGAAGCGACCUCCACAAGUGGUGGAAUAAGUGUUUAUACAGUAUAUAUAAUUGUCGGUGCAGUAGCAGGAGGAAUUUUACUAGCAGGACUUGUUGCUAUAGCAAUCGCAUUAUGUUGUCAACGUGAAGAAGAUCCACAGUAUAAGUCGACAUCAGUCUGACUAUGACGCCAGAGUGCGGGGAAUGGACAACUUCAGGGGUCAGAUAUGGGGUCAAAUUUUGCACCAAAUAUGGGAUCAGAGACUAGGACUACUCCAAGGCAUGAAAGUUAUUAUCUUGAUUCUGUGUAGUGUUGAAAAACUUGUGAAUUUCAAAGAAAAUCUUUCAUGGAUUUAUUUGCCGUAACUUAAAUUAAAGUAUGCAUACUGAUUAGUCUGUUCAUUCACAGAGACUUCUGAAUGUAUUUUCUCACAUUGUGGAAAAAAAAAAAGAAAUAAAUUUCUUUGCAUAAAGGUAAUUAAGACAAAAGAACAAUUUUGAAGUGUUCCAUAAGUGUGUGAAAUAUGUAGGAGUGUAAAGAAGCUUCUGUUAUGGGCAUUUCACAUCUUUCAGUACAAAUUGAUUAAAGUUAUAAAGUUUUAUAAACUUUGGGAACUGUCGUAAGCAAAGUAAUUUAUGAAGACAUACAAGACAUAACAUGUUUGCUAUUGGAUUUGUAAAGAUAUCAUAGACUUUUGUUUCUUAUUUAUGUACCUUAUGCUAAAUGGCCUGCUUUGAUUGUGUAAAUACGGCUUUAAAGUUUAUUUAGUUGUGUUUUGAAGCUGUUAUGAAGAGUUUAUAUGAAAAGGAAGAAACCCAUGGAAACGAGUUUACCCCUAAUGUCUUGAAAUGGACCCAGACAACCCCAGAGUUCGAAUAUAAAGGAAUGACAGAAGAAAACUUGAUGUGAAGUUGUCCCUGGAAAUACACCCUUAGCACUCUAGGAAUGUAGAUACAAACAUUGAGACCUACCUAUAACAAGGUUGUGAUGUAACAUUUAACUGCAUUUUCAAGUUUAUGUGUUGUGUAUGAAAAAAUUUGUAUAAACUCAAGUGUUUUCAGAAGAGAGAGCAAAAUAUCUAAAUAUGUAUAUAAUAUAUAGUAGGAAAUACAAAGUUCAAACUUUAUAAAGGAGAACAAUAAUUGCAAUGGUGUUGACAUUACAUCUGCGGGUAAAAAACUAACAAAAAACAGAUGACAUCCUAACCUGGGGAAAUGUUUUUUGCUGCAAACUUUUUUAUGUCCAGUGGUUGGAGAAUUGUGAAAAUUCACAAACGAUUAAUCAGUGUUGUUUUCAAUGUUUUGUUAUUGUAUAUGUAUUGAGAUACAAUAUUUUAAACCGUGCAUAUUUACCAAAUGGUAUCUGUUAGCAGAUUGUUUUUACAUUUUUUUUUUGGCUGGUAUUUUCAGUUUAUAUUUUAUCACAUUUGAAAUGUUUGUACAAACUUUCUUAUUGUGUUUAAUCAUUUUUGCCAGUAUUUUUAAGUCUUUUACAUUGAUAUACAGGUAUACAAAUACUUUUUGUUUUACACAUUUCAGUGUUAUCAGAUAUACAGUAUCAUAGUAUGAAGAAAUAUUUUGUAGAAACGUUUUUUAUUGUUAUAUCAAAAUAAUGAGAAUAGUUCUUUUUUAUCGAUUUUUAGUUGAAAAAAAUGGCCUAUUGUAAACAACGUAUCAAAUGUUUGCUCAUAAAAAAUAUUUCUUCAGAUUUAAAAUGUGUUGAUAGCAUUUUUCAUAAAACAGUAUUUGUAAAAUCGCAGUAAAAGAGUAUAAUGUCAGAAUCACAUUAUAGGUAUGUUUUUAUAUGAAAAAGUAUUAUUAUAAAGUCAUAGAGGAAUCUAAGCUCUUUAAAUUUUGCAUUUGAGAGCAUUCCUAUAUUUCUUGGCAGGUCUACAUAUAUCUUUUUUGGAUAUGUAAAUUUUGUCAAUUUUUCCUUACCCCUCAUUGGAUAGAAUUGUCAGUUGAUAUUGAUAGUCCAAGCAACUUCCUCCACUGAAAAUUCAAAAACACGAUGGAGGACAGUAUUGUAUUGACCCAGGAUUUAGAAACCCCAUUUCUUGUCAACAUUUUCAUUCUGUAUUUUGAAAUCUUAUAUUAUUGAGUAGAAAGUGAUUGACAGCCAAUA